AUCCCAAUGGCACACUCAAUCCCAGCGGCACACUCAAUCAAAACAACACUCUGAAUCCUACAAGUACAUUUACUAACCCAGUGAGCACCUCUCCUAUAGGGCUGCCAAAAGAAUCACAACUAUGUCAAAGAAACAAUGAGCCAAUAAGAGCAGGGCUCGAACCUAGUCAUUCAGGCUCUCUUCAGUCUUUAACAAGUGAGGAGGUCACGCAAACGUUAAUGGCUAACCUUGGUGAAUCUAAAACAAUCAACAGUACCCCUACCACGUGUAGUCUCUCAGAACAUAUUGAUAUGAAUAGGGCCAAUUUAGUGUCCCCACACAGCACCGAUCUGAACUUUGACGCAUUUGAACUCCUUGAUCUCCCUGAGUUUGAGAAUCUCAGUGCGGACUUGACUCCACACAGCCUCUCGUCUGUGGCGAAUACUCAAAGUUUACAACAACGCCCUCUGUUGUCAACCCAGGGUUGUGCCAAUUGCUUGAGCCCAUCCUCGCCUUCUAUAAAACCCUCACAGGAACAUCUGUUACAGCAGCAACAGCUACAGCAGCAGAAACAGCUGGAACAGCAACAUCAGCAUAAAGUUCACCCUGUGAUGACACAAUCGUCACAAGGAGGCAAGAUGCAUAAUGUAGCUACAAUUACAGACUUUUCACCAGAUUGGGGGUCUCAACAGGGCUCUACUAAGAUUCUAGUAACAGGACCCUGGUAUUCCACUAACUCUAGCUACUCUCUCAUGUUUGAUGACGUCAGUGUUCCGGCGGAACUCAUACAAAGUGGAGUCCUGCGGUGUUUCUCCCCAGCUCAUGAAGCAGGUCUAGUGACAAUGCAGGUGGCGUGUGAGGGAAUGGUUAUAUCAAACUCAUGUAUAUAUGAGUACAAGGCUACUGAUUCAAUAUCUACCAACCAGCUGGACUGGUUCUCUAUUGGUGAUAAUAAACUGAAAAUGCUCUUACUGGAGAAGGUUGAAGCACUAGAGAAGCGCUUGUCACCCAGGAACCCUGAACAUGUUUUACAGCAUGACAAACUGAUCAGUCAACCUCAUGAUCAUUUCGAGGAAAAGUUGAUGUGUUAUAUCGACUCAUUUAUCCAAUGUACAUGGCAGAAAAACAGCACGGUUCAUAUGACUGCAGAGAAAGGUCUAACUAUUCUACAUAUGGCAUCUGCGCUAGGCUACACAGGUCUCAUGCAUACUCUUCGAAAAUGGAGGACAGAGAACUCAAACCUUGUGCUGGAAUAUGAGAUGGAUACAUUAGGCCUAGACAACAAUUCAUGCACACCUCUGAUGUGGGCCUGUGCUUUAGGGAAAUCAGAGUCUGCAUUGGUGCUGUAUAAUUGGGACAGAAGUGCCCUGAGUGUGUGUAACAAGGAUGGUAUAGUUCCCCUUACAGCCGCUAGAGACCACCAUCAUUUCAACUUGGCGGACCAGAUAGACCGCCUUGAAAUGUGGUGUAGGAAUACUGAAGACAGUGCCAAAAUGGAAUCUAAUGUGAAAUCUUUGAAUUUGAACCAACUAAGUACACCACCUGAACAGAGUAAACCGUCAGCCACAUUCACACCGAUGAGUGCUGCUGUGAAUCCAGAUACAUUUAAUAUGGACUUGAAAAAAGAUACCCCACGAGCAAAUUGGUCCUCGGACCUAAGGAUUAUUAUUCCCAAAUCAGAUAAAAACAAUCACAUGUUAUCCAAUUCCAGUCAGUCAAUUUCCAAAACCCCACGAAUACCUCGGACAUCUACACCAGAAAGCUCAAGGAAGCUCUGUAAAAGGACCUCGGUUGAGUUUCUCCAGGGGGCAGUUUCUCACAACACAAAGCCAUCUCAUAAAUCCACAAAUCCUGCUCACUCCCUACGUUCAGUUAACUCGGCCCCUGAUGUUAAUCUCGAUGCAUUUAAGGAGCAUAUGUAUAAACAGGGAAACCCUAUGAUCUCGAAUAUGGCCACCGCCAGUCAACAAGAUCUGAAUACAUUUCUGAUGUACCUACCUCAACAUAGUGGUAAACAUAACCACAGUUCCCCACAAUAUAUGGAUACUGGUAAUAAAGAGAUGACCAGUCCCCUGAUUGAUGUUGAAAGGUUAUCUUCCGAUGAAGAGGAAAAUCUCCAGUCAUCAGCAUCACAAGGUGAUGCAAGUACCAACCAGAUCGAAACUUUAGCGAAACAGAUUAUCGCAGCUAUGCCCGAGCGCAUCAAACUUUCACCAAAUGCUUCUGAUACAGCUGAGGAAGAAAUGCAGGUUGACCAACCAACCAUUCGCAAUGAAUACAGAGAAAGAAGCAGCUCCCAUAGUUCCUUUGGGUCAAUAAGCUCUGAGAUGACAAAUCCAUAUGCAGAGGAUUCUGGGAUCUGUACUCCUUUGGGGGAAUGCACCCAGUACAGUUUCGAGGACAAUUACAGGUAUCCUAAUCUGGACACACCUGCCUCCAGUCUGAGCCCAGAGUCCUCCAGCAUGCAGAGUCCAUAUCAUUGGUCCAUUGAUUCACCCCCUCCCACUGCCCAGGAGUUUCUUGAAUAUUUCAAUGCCCCCACAUUUUACAUGGAGAAGGACUUUUCACAGCUCACUCUGUCAGACCAGGAACAAAGAAAGCUAUAUGAAGCAGCUAAGAUAAUCCAAAACUUUUUUCGUCAAUUUCGAGUGGAGAAACGUAGAGAACAGCAGAGGAAAGAGAUCGAUGCUGCUAUCCUUAUACAGAGCUAUUACAGGAGAUAUAAACAGUACUGCUACUAUAAGAAGAUGACCCAGGCUGCAGUGUUGAUUCAGAGUCAGUUCAGGAGCUACUAUGCCCAGAAGAGGUUUAAGCGCAGCAGGGAUGCAGCAAUGGUCAUACAGAACCAAUACAGGACAUAUAAGGAACAUGAACGAUUCAAGAAAAGUCGAAGUGCAGCUGUACUUAUUCAACAAAGAUUCAGGAGUCACUAUCAGCGUAAGAGAAAAGCUCAUCAGAUGGCGAGACAAGGCACACACAGCACAUCGGGGAACGAAAAAGAUUCAGCUUUAGGCGAAACAACUUCUACGUCUGAGCAGCCACAGUAACUUGAUAGAGUCAGUCCAAGUGAAAUCGAAUGGGGGACAUGAACUGAGGAAUCAUGAUCUCACUUAAUUUUGCUGUCUCAAUUUGGAAUGGUGAAAUAUGUGAUAGCAGUUGACAUUACCGCAUUUUUGAGGUAGAAUAUGUAAAUUGUUAACAUCUCAAUAGAAGAUACUCAAUGUAGAAGAUAUUGCAAUUUAGGAUACCUUAUACCCAAGCCCAUAUCCAGCUUUUGUCAAGG